AUGGCCGCCAACACGGCGGCCGCACGCGCCCUCCUCCUCCUCCUCCUCGCCGUAGCCGUCCCGUCGCUCCUCCGCACCGGCGAGGCCUCGGUGCACGAGUACAGCGGCCUCAGCUUCCUCAACAAGGGCAAUGCCUUCAUCCUCCACGCCGGCAGCGAGGGCCUCUACGCCCCCGUCUCCCCCGCCAAUGCCACCGCCGAGGAGGACGAUGACGAGGCCGCCGCCGACGCCUUCAUACGGUUUGACAAGAUUACUUUUAGGAGGCCAGAGGAGGCUAAUGAUUCUGUGAAAGAAACUAGUUCAUCUAAGGUUCAGAUAAUUGUCUUUGAAAUAGAAGAUCGUGAAAUGAUUGGUGGAUCGGCAUAUGGUGGUCAAAAAGCAAUUUGUUGUACAUCAGAUCUUGCAAAGUUGGGAGCUUGUGUUGAAGGCUCUGUCAUCUACCGCCCAUCGCAGGUGAAUCCUGGCUGGCCACAGUUGUUUGUUGCUUCUUUUGAUGGAAGUGAUCUGAUUGCAACGCUGCCUUCAAGGACCAUUCCAGUAAAGAAAACUGGGAUGUACAACAUGUACUUUAUACACUGUGACCCGGCACUUGCUGGACUGGAAAUCGACGGGAAAACCAUAUGGAAAAAUCCUACUGGCUACCUUCCAGGUCGGAUGGCACCUCUUAAGAACUUUUUUGGGCUGAUGUCAUUUGCUUUCGUGAUACUUGGUAUCUACUGGUUCUAUCAAUACAUGAAGUUCUGGCGAGAGGUUCUUCCACUUCAGAACUGUAUUACUCUUGUUAUUACAUUGGGUAUGCUUGAGAUGGCGUUGUGGUAUUUUGAAUAUGCUGAGUUCAAUGAGACUGGAGUUCGGGCAAAGGCCAUCACAUUUUGGGCUGUAACAUUUGGGACUAUUAAAAGAACAGUGGCUCGUCUUAUUAUUCUCAUUGUCUCGAUGGGGUAUGGAGUUGUGAGGCCUACUUUGGGUGGUCUGACAUCGAAAGUGGUCAUGCUUGGAGGAACAUUCUUUGUAGCUACAGAAAUUCUUGAGCUAGUGGAAAAUCUAGGUACUGUGAAUGAUCUGUCUGGAAAAGCUCGGCUAUUUUUGGUCUAUCCAGUGGCUAUCUUGGAUGCUUCAUUCAUUGUUUGGAUAUUUAUUUCUCUAGCCAAGACCCUUAGCCAACUUCAGGCAAGAAGGUUGAUGGCCAAACUUGACAUUUAUAGGAAAUUCACUAUUGCAUUGGCUAUUACUGUUCUGGUAUCUAUCGGCUGGAUUGGCUAUGAGAUUUACUUCAAAUCGACAGAUGUGUUCAAUGAGCGGUGGCAGUAUGCAUGGAUAAUUCCUGCUUUCUGGCAUGCCCUAUCAUUCUCACUUCUUUGCGUCAUUUCCUACCUGUGGGCACCUUCUCAGAGCUCAAUGAGAUUUACCAAUGACGCAAGUGAAAAGUUUGAUCGAGAGGACAGCCUGUCAUUAAUAAGGCCAAGGCCCAUUGUUUCCAACAACGGGUGGAGCAUAGCUUCGUCAACAGACGUCAAGAUGACGAAGAACACAGAUAGUGUGACAUCUUUUGACGAAGAUGACGAAGAAAACAAAAGGGAGUAA